AUGGGAGCAUGUUCAAGAAACACGACGGGAAGGAAUCACACACAAGACGACUUACAAGCGGUUGAAAUGCUUCACAGCAAUCCCAAGGAUAUACCCAAACCAACCUCCCUCCUUGGCAAUCUCUCUCACGAAGAGUUAUCAGCUACCCCCUUUUUUCGUUACUGCCAUCACAUUUCGGUUUUUGUUUUGUUUUUGCCUUUUUACUGUUUUACCCCAUUGUUCUUCACUUUACACUGGGGAGCGGCGAUAUAUAUCUUGAUAUAUCCUAUCUGCUGCCAACGAAUCAUGACGACACGACACGAUUUAGAUGCUAUCUUACAUUUCUACGGCCGGCAUUUUCUUUUGCACUGUCACCGUUCGGUGUCCUUGUUCUCCGCGAGGGACGAUGUUGCGACACUUAAAGCAACUUCGGCUUGCUCUGAUUUUCUUCCUUUGACCUUUUCUGGUGGUCUGUUGGAUGCCGUCACACGUUGCAUGGGUUUUGAUACGGCAAUUGGUCUGAAAAAACACCACGCAACCAAGGAGCCACCAACCCAUCAUACAGGUCGUUAUCAUAUGCUCGAGAACAAUGGCACAGCGAAGAACGGGAGAUGGAGAGUUCAAAAACAUUUGCAUUUGGUUAAAAGUUGA